AUGUAUCUUCCAGGCGAGAAGAUUUCUAGGCAGGCUUUGCACCGAUACACUAGGCACCGAUGGCUGUUUAACGAAGAAAAGGAACUUUCUAAGCGUUAUGUGGAGUUUGACCUACAGCAACUCCUUCAGGUUGCCGUCAGUGUUUGCGAGGGAGCUCAAUUCUGCACCAGAAUCACGAAAUGUGCCGAAGGGCUACAUAACAAGGCAUUUAUUUUGACAAUGGAUAACGGUUGCGAGGUUCUCGCAAAGCUCCCAAAUCCCAACGCCGGGCCUGCUCGUUUCACAGUUGCAUCCGAGAUCGCCACACGCAAGUUACUUUCCGACGUUUUAAACGUCCCUGUUCCCCGGGUCCUAGCAUGGUCCUUUGACGCGGCAAGUAGUCCUGUCGGGGCUGAGUAUAUCAUUGAAGAAAAAGCGCCCGGAGUUCGUCUAGGCUCUGUCUGGAAUCAAUGGCCUCGAAAUUCAAAGCUCCAAUUGAUUAUCCAAGUGAUUGAUAUUCAGAACACUUUAACCAGUGUGGCUUUCGAUAUGCAUGGCUGCAUUUACUUCAAGGAUGAUCUUCGCUCCCUGGGCGAGGAACCCAAAGAAUCCAAAAUUCUGUCUACUACGACCAGCAUCCCUGAUAUGUUUGCCAUAGGACCUCUCACUACCGGUGAGUUGUGGAACGGGGUAAGGAGUGGUAUGAAUUUGGAUCGUGGUCCCUGGAAGGAUCCUAGUGACUACACUCGCGCAUUGGGGCACAACGAGAUUGCGCACAUCAAGUCACAUGCAGUUCCUCGGAUGAACUAUUAUCAAUCGCUCAAAACUGAGGAAAAUCCCGAGGAUGGCCUCGCUCUUUUGACCAAAUACAUGAAAGUUGCUUCUUAUCUCAUUCCUCGAUCCCCCAACGGAGCGGCGUCCAACAACGUUCUAAUGCAUCCCGAUCUUCAUCUGGAUAACAUCUUCAUCGAUCCAGAGACCCUUAAAAUCACAGGUAUCGUGGACUGGCAAUCAGCAUGUGUUGCGCCAUUAUUCUAUCAUGCCGAUGUUCCAAGGAUGUGUACCCACCAUGGGCCUCUUCAGGAAGGCUGGGUCAUACCUGAACGACCGGAAGACUUUGAUAGCCUAAGUGCAGAGGAACAACGCAAGAUUGACAAUGAUCUAGAGAGUCAGAUCCUUCACAAAUACUACGAGGCCCAGGUAUACAAACGAUCGCCUCGUCACUGGUCUGUCCUUCAAAAUAAGAGGAUCCCCAUCAUUCAAAAACCAGUUUGGCUCGUCACAGGAGUGUGGGAAAACCGCAAUCUAGUUUUCCUUCGCGAAUCACUCAUAUCACUCUUCGCUCAUUGGGAAGAACUUCUCCCAGAUAUACCAUGCCCAAUCAGUUUCACCAAUGAGGAUGUCGAACUUCAUUCCAAGGAAGAGGAAAAUAUACGUGGUGUCGGGAAAUUGCUAACCGUAUUCCGAGAUGAAUCCGUGCUCCCAGUGGAUGGCAUGGUUGAGCCCGAAGACUAUGAUAUAGCCCAAAAGAAUAGCCGGAAAUUCAAAGACAUCUUCAUCGGAUUGGCUAAGGAUGACGAAGAGAAAGAAUUAUUCACGAAACUCUGGCCAUACCAGGAACCUGCAGACACAUAG